GGGCUGCGCACGCCGGCCCCGCGGGGCGCAUGGAGGCACCCGCUGCCUUCUGCGAGGUGUGAGUCCCUGGGGGACAGCGCGGUUCGGCCCUGUGAGGCGAGCGGCCGCGGCAGGAGCCAGGAAGGGCUCGAGACCUGUCACCGGCGUCGCCCCCAUCGCUGGCAGCUGCCGCCUCUUGAGACAUGAAGAAGUUCUUCGACUCGCGCCGGGAGCAGGGCGGCUCCGGGCCCGGGUCGGGCACCAGCGGCGGCGGCGGCGGCGGCAGCAGCGGCCCGGGCAGCGGCUACAUCGGCCGGGUCUUCAGCAUCGGCCGGCACCAGGUCACUGUGGACGAGGUGCUGGCGGAAGGUGGCUUUGCAAUUGUGUUCCUGGUGAGGACGAGCAAUGGGGUGAAGUGUGCCCUGAAGAGGAUGUACGUCAAUAAUGAGUACGACCUGCAGGUCUGCAAGAGAGAGAUCCAGAUCAUGCGGGAUCUGUCUGGCCACAAGAACAUUGUGGGCUACAUCGACUCCAGCAUCAAUUCAGUCAGCAGCGGGGACGUGUGGGAAGUGCUGAUCCUCAUGGACUUCUGCCGGGGGGGACAGGUGGUGAACCUGAUGAACCAGCGCCUGCAGACUGGCUUCACUGAGAGUGAGGUCCUGCAGAUCUUCUGCGACACCUGUGAGGCCGUGGCCAGGCUGCACCAGUGCAAGACUCCCAUCAUCCACAGGGAUCUGAAGGUUGAAAACAUCCUGCUGCAUGACCGUGGCCACUAUGUCCUGUGUGACUUUGGAAGUGCUACUAACAAGUUCCAGAACCCUCAAACAGAAGGGGUGAAUGCGGUCGAGGAGGAGAUCAAGAAGUACACGACGUUAUCCUACAGAGCCCCAGAGAUGGUGAACCUAUACAGUGGCAAGCUCAUCACUACAAAAGCAGACAUUUGGGCCCUGGGCUGUUUGCUGUAUAAGCUGUGUUACUUCACCUUGCCCUUUGGGGAGAGCCAGGUGGCCAUUUGUGAUGGCAACUUCACCAUUCCAGACAACUCCCGGCACUCCCAGGACAUGCACUGCCUCAUCCGGUACAUGCUUGAGCCAGACCCUGAUAAGAGACCUGACAUUUAUCAGGUCUCCUACUUUGCAUUCAAAUUGGCCAAGAAGGACUGCCCGGUGCAGAAUGUCCAGAAUUCUCCAAUCCCUGCUAAACUCCCAGACCCAGUUAAAGCAAGUGAAGCUGCUGCAAAGAAAAGUCAACCAAAGGCCAGGCUCACAGACCCUAUCCCUACGACAGAAACAUCCAUAGCACCCCGCCAGAGACCUAAAGCAGGACAGACCCAGCCCAAUCCUGGAAUUCUGCCCAUCCAGCCAGCCCUGACACCCAGGAAGAGAGCCACAGCCCAGGCAGCCAUUCAGCCACAGGUUGCAGGCCCGGCUGCCCUGGGCAGUGCCCAGCCUUCACUCCCUGCCAGCGCCCCCCAGCCAAAAGCAGCCCCCCAGCAGCUUCCAGCUCAGCCGCAGGCCAAGCCAGCAGCAGCGCCCCAGGCACAGCCCCAGGUCCCCUCGACACAGCCCCAGGCCACCCCUCAGCAUCAGCAGCAGCUUUUCCUGAAGCAGCAGCUUCUGCAGCAGCAGCAGCAACAGCAGCAGCAACAGGCUGCCUACUUCCAGCAGCAGCAGCAGAUGAUGCAGGCACAGCAGUUCCCAGCAAUGCAGCAAGGAGCGCCAGCGCAGCAGCAGCUCAUGCAGAACUACUACCAGCAGCAGCAGCAGCAGCUGAUGGCCCAGCAGGCAGCCAUGCAGCAGAAGAGCGCAGCAGCAGCUCAGCAGAAGCAGCAGCCCCUGGCACCGGCACAGCCCGAGGCCCAGCCCAGUGCGGCACCACAGGCGCAGCCGCAGGAGCAGGGGGCUCAGGUGAGGCAGCAGCAGGCUCAGGGCCCAGCCCCGGUGCACAGCCAGAAGCUGGGCUCGCUCACGCCGCCGUCCUCGCCCAAGGCACAGCGCGCGGGGCAUCGACGCAUCCUCAGCGACGUUACCCACAGUGCCGUGUUUGGCGUCCCCGCCAGCAAAUCCACCCAGCUGCUGCAGGCCGCGGCUGCUGAGGCCAGCCUCAACAAGUCCAAAUCUGCUUCCACCACGCCCUCGGGCUCGCCAAGGACCUCGCAGCAGAAUGUCUACAACCCUCCUGAUGUGUCCGCGUGGAACCCCUUUGAUGAUGAUAACUUCUCCAAGCUCACAGCUGAGGAACUGCUGAACAAGGACUUUGCAAAGCUGGGGGACGGGAAGGCUCCAGAAAAGGCAUGCAGUUCCACAGAGAACCUGAUCCCAGGUUUCCAGCAAGCUGCGUCUGCAGCCUCGACAGAUGCGUUUGGUGGCUCUUCCUUCCCUGUUGGGCCAGACUCUCUCACUGGGGAAGAUUCUCUGCUUGACUGUUCUCUGCUCUCUAACCCUGCUGCUGACCUCCUGGAUGAGUUUGCUCCUGUAGCUUUCACAGCUCAGCCUCACAAAGCCCUUUCCCUCUCCCUGUGCAUGAAAACUGGGAGCCAGAGAGCCAGACUGAGCUCUCACACCAUGCCCAUGACAAAGAACACCUUCAGUCCUUGGGAGUUUACCCCAGGCCUCUGCCACAGCUUCCAGCUGUCCAGCUGAGCCUUCAGUCUGGUCAGGUUUUGUUCCAGGUCUUGUGACUUGGCUUGCUUGGUUUGGUUUGAUCCCCUCCACUUCUGCAUUUCAUUGCCUCUCUUCUUUCCUACCCAGACUUACCAACUUUAUUUCACCUUUUAAAUAAAACUCCUGCUUUUAAACGCUGUCUCUGAAAACAUUAAGAUGUUCUAAUACUUCCUGGCAAUUCUAACCAGCCUCUCUGCUGUCUUUGCUUCUUUACCCUUAUUUCUCUUCUAUGCUGCAGAAGAUACUAACCUCAUAUCAGGCUUUGAUGCUCCUGAGGGCUCUGAAAAAGUGACAGAAGAUGAGUUUGACCCAAUUCCAGUGUUGAUAUCCAAAAAUUCACAAGGUAAGCCAGGAUGUGGGACUGAAAAAUGGAAGGAGAAAAGGCAAACAGUGAAUAUAUAAAUUAGUUUUGGGGCACUGGUGCUGCAGCACAUGUGGCUAGUUCAAAUCCUGAGCUGUGAAAUACUGUCAGUGGUGUUUAGUGAGAUACCUUGGCCUUGAAAUUUCUGUAGAUUCUCUGCUUGGGAGAUUUCCAUGUCCAAAACCAGACAUGCAGUAUUUGAGUUCCCAUGGGUAAUUUCUCCAAGGCUGCCAGGAGGGCACAGACCCCUCAGUGGCUGAAUGCAGUGAGAGCUGUGUCCUCCCACCUUCUUACUUAUUAGUGCCCAAGCCUUUGGUCUUCUAAGUGAGCUUGGCAUAAGGCACAAGAGAGAAUGGGGAUUAUAAUAAUCCUUUAGAGCCCAAAACUCCUGCUGGAACUGACUUUUUUUCACUUCUGGUUGGUGUCUUCCCAAGGUGGGAGCUGAGUGUGAGAAGUUUGGUCCAUGUCCCCACCUCCUCUGAGGAGCUCUGGGCAGGCAGAGUCUGUAGGGCAGUGACUAGACCGCUGCUCACUUUCACCAUUCUGGCACCAGAUGCCCUUAAGGAGAUCUUUGCCAGCAGUCUCAGCCCCAUGGGGGGUGUGAGGAACCAGCAGCACUGAUGGCUUAGCAGCACCAAUUGUGCUGUGGUUUUAGCUCUUCAGGGACAGCAGCAGGCAGUGUUUCACUCUCUGCAGUCACCCUAUUGAGAGGAUUUAUUUUUUUUUUUUUUUUUUUUUUUUUUUUUUUUUUUUUUUUUUUUUUUUUCCAGUUUGGUCAUGGGAUCUUUUGGCUUCCCUACCUCCCAUUUUUGGUCGCAGCAGGAAUGUGCUGAACCCCUGCUCUGCACUAGUCUUGGCUUUCAGAGGAUAACACUCUUUAGAAACAGUUCAGACAUUACAAACUAUGCCCCUGAUGGAAGUCAGAGACUUCUCCCAAGGCUGGACAAAGAUAGUCCACCUUGAGUGCAGGGGAGCAUCCUGGGGGGUUUGAACCAGAUGGUCUUUAAGGUCCUUUCCAAUCCAAACCAUUCUGUGGUUCUCUCCUUUAGUGUCCAAGUCCCAUUUACAGAAGGCCCCAUGGUAGCCCAGUUCUCCUGGAAGCAGCUUAGAGCACACAAAGAUGCUCCUAAAAUCGCAACUAGAUUUCAAGAUUUCAAACUUUGACCUGUCCUUUCUGUGGGCUGUGGGAGUCCUUGAAUUGUUUUGGAGAUCCCUUACUAAGGACAGGGUUCUGGAUGAUCUUUGUGGAAAGAAUGGGUUUGUAGGAAUUUGUUGGCUGCUGUGCUGAUUUAUUUUUUGGGGAAGGGGUGGAAGAGUGACCAGGUGUUCUUUGCUAUCAUGAUACAAAAUAACAGGAAGAGGUUGAGCAAAUUUUCUCUUUUUGCUUUGACUUUUUUCCUUCUUUCUUGAUCUUGAAUUUCUGAAACUGUCAUGUGUGUGUGUCCUGUUCAAUACUGAAUUCCUGUCUCUCACACUUUCAGGUGGGCAUUCUAGAAACAACAGUGGAAGCUCUGAGUCCAGUCUUCCCAACAUAGCCAGGUCUUUGCUGCUGGUGGAUCAGCUCAUAGACCUGUAGCAGUGACAAA